AUGCUACUAAUCCAAAACGGAAUGUCUCAAUCAGUAUAUUCAUGUCUUUGUUUUUGUUUAUUUCAGAAUGAUCUAACACCAUUACAUUGUGCUGUUCAUUAUAAUCAUGAAAAUAUAGCUCUACUUUUAUUGCAACAUGCUGCAAGUCCACAUGUAACAGCGCGCAAUGGUUACACACCAUUACAUAUCGCAGCGAAGAAAAAUGCGAAGGCUAUUUCUGAAACAUUGCUAGAAUACAAUGCGAAUACCAAUGCUCAAUCAACAGGUGGUUUUACACCAUUACAUUUGAGUUGUCAAGAUGGUCACCUGAAUGUGACAACACUUCUUCUGGAAAACCAAGCAAAUCCGAACACUGGAUCGAAAAGUCAACUGACACCAUUACACUUAUGUGCGCAAGAAGAUCGUGUUCAAUGUGCCGAAGCAUUAAUCCGUAAAAAUGCAGAUAUUAAUGCUCAAACAGUUACUGGUUAUACAAGUUUACAUGUUGCUUGUCAUUUUGGUCAUAUCAAUAUGGUUCGGUAUUUACUUAAACUCGGUGCCAACGUUAAUGCAGAAACAAAUCUCAUGUUCACACCACUUCAUUCAGCUGCUCAACAAGGACAUGUUAUGAUUGUUAAAUUAUUACUUGAACAUGGUGCUUCGCCAAAUAAAACAAACAAACAUGGAAUGACUGCGUUAUCCAUUGCACAACGUCUUGGUUACAUAUCCGUUGUCGAAGAACUCAAAGGUGUUACUGAAGCAACACUUGUGAAUAAACAAGAAACAUCAAGCGAAGAGCGUUAUAAGAUUCAAGCACCGGAAGUCUCUCAUGAAGAACAUCCAGUCACAGAUUCUGAUGAUGAAGCAGAAGAUAGAAAAACAGAUGAAGAUGAUAUUGUCUAUCCUGAACUUGGAUAUUUUGAUAUGGCGAGAGCCAUAAACAAUUUAAAGUCUCAACAAAAAACGACUCAAGACAUGCUUGGUGAUGCUAGUUCAAAUGUGCAUAUGCAAUACUUACGCGAAGGUGUUCUCAUGAAUGAAACCGAAGAGAAUAAACUUCAUCCAACAUCAUUUGUUAAAGAAGAUUCCGAAUAUCCAGCAUUAGCAACAAAAGAUAAUUGGAAUGAAAGUCGAGAUAAUCUUCUCGAUCAUUCACAAACGCCAAUAAAAAUUUCUCAAACAAUGCCUGCCGAUAAUGAGAUGAUUAGUAGACCACGACAUGGAGGAUUUUUGGUGAGCUUUUUGGUCGAUGCUCGUGGUGGUGCUAUGCGUGGAUGUCGACAUUCGGGUGUACGGGUUAUUAUUCCACCCAAACGUGCCAGUAUGCCGACAAGAAUUACAUGUCGAUUCAUCAAGCGUGAUAAACUAGUUGUACCUCCACCGAUUAACGAAGGUGAAGCAUUAGCAGCAAGAGUUUUGGAAGUUGGACCUGUGAAUUGCAAAUUUCUCGGGCCUGUCAUUCUUGAAAUUCCUCACUUUGCUUCAUUACGAAAUCAUGAACGCGAAAUUAUUGUUCUACGAAGUGAUAACGGUGAAAAAUGGACAGAACAUACGGGUCCAAUCACAGAUGACGCUGUGCGCGAAACACUUGGUGAUGCUUUCGAAUCCGAAGGACUCGAAUCUACUGAACAACUCAAUUCACGUCGAAUAACUCGUAUUAUCACUAAUGAUUUUCCACGUUAUUUCGCAUUGAUAACACGACUACAUCAGGAAUCGCAUUUUGUCGAUGAGCAUGGUGGUCUCUUAACAUCAACAAUAAUUCCAUCAUGUCAAGCUCAUGUACCUGAAAAAGCUUUACAAAAACGUAUUCGCGUAUCACUUCACGUUUUACCGAUUUCUUCUCAAACGAUUCAACGUGUCUACGGAUCACGUGUUAAUGUUAGUCCUGUCGUCACAGUCGAGCCACGUCGAAGAAAAUUUCACAAACCAAUUACCGUAACAAUUCCAUUGCCAACGAAAGCAAACAAGCAAGGUACUUCGAAAGAUGCACAGCAUGGCAAUGCAUACACCAGUGAUUCUCAAACCUUACGAUUAUUAUGUAGCAUUACGGGUGGUACACAUGCCGCACAAUUCGAUGAUAUCACAGGACAUACUCCAUUGACAUUCUCCAACGAUUGUGCGACGUUUACAACAACAGUUUCAGCCAGAUUUUGGCUAAUCGAUGCGCAAGGUGUACCUGAUGUUCUAAAAUUAGCUCAUGAAAUCUAUCGCGAAGCAUCUGCCGUCCCGUAUAUGUCUCGUUUUGUUGUUUUCGCAAAACGAAACGAUCCCAAUGAAGCAUUAGCACGUCUUUUCUGUAUCACUGACGAUAAAGAAAACAAAACAUUAGAAAUGCAAGAGCAUUUCAUUGAAAUCGCCAAAUCCAGGGAAGUGGAGGUUGUUAACGGAAAUACGAUCUAUUUGGAUUUACAAUCGACUAAUUUACAAACUAUUACAAAAACAAAUGAACAAUUAACAUUUACAUUUCGAGCAUUUCGAGAAAAUCGUUUGCCGUGUGUUAUUCGAAUACGUGAUCAACAACAAGAACCAUCGGGACGUGUUGUUUUCUCUAAAGAUAAUGGAAAGUUAACACCUAUUCCGAGAACAUCAUCAGUCACAAUGACGAAUGGUCAUGCACCAGCAAACACUUCUGUUGAUCCGCAAACACUACAGCCGAUCUGCAAUUUGAAUAUCAUCCUACCAUCUUACGAUAAGGAUGCACUGGGACACGAGGAACGUCUUCGAAAUCUUCAUUCUGUUGAUCGUGAACCACGUUCAGAAAGUUGGCGAUCGGAUGAUAUGUAUCGAAAAGGUGAAAUUCGUCUAACUGACAUCGCGAAAUCCCUUGGCUCAGAAUGGCCAACACUCGCUGCUGAACUCGAACUCACUGAAGAAGAAGUGACAAAAUUGAUGGAUGAAUAUGGACAAAAUGCUGCUUUGCAUAUGUUACGUUACUGGCUUAAAUCACGCGGCACUGAUGCAACGGGUAACUGCCUUCAACAAGCUUUACGUAAAAUUGGUAAAGAAAAUAUUGUGCACAAUUGUGUCUUUAACAUCGAGUGGGUAACUGAUGCCGCCGAGAAAGAAGUUGCUAAAGCUCGUUUAACAAGUCGCGGUGGCAGUAUUGAAGGAUCAGGAUAUGGUGGACGUCGCUUCGAUGAAGGUUUUGAAAGUGAUGAAGAAUAUGAACGUCGUCGUUAUGUAAGAUCUACUGAUCAUGAUGAUUCGACAGGAAAACGACGAAGCACAGAUAUUGGCGAAGGACGCAUCACACCAUUAUCACCGCUUUACACAAAGGCCAGACCACCAGUUCAACGAAACGAUGACUUUAGUGUCGUUCAUAUUGCCAAGGAACCAACGCCAAUCUUAGCAGAAAAUGAACCAUUAUCAAAACCUGCUCCGCCUGUUAUGGAUACUAUUGUUCAGCAAACUUAUGUUUCUCCAGCUAAAUUGGAUCUCAACAAAUUAGAUGAAGAUGUGUUACAUGCACAACCGACAGUAACAGCAACCGAGCAGUUAGCUGAACAAACAGCUCAAUUACUUGAUGAUAUUCCACCUACACGUGCUGUGUCCGCUCAAGCAGCACCUGCCGUAGGUGAACGCUUGAUAAAAUCGAAAAUAAUACCCGAUCAAGCACGUGCAUUAGCACAUGCAUUGAAACAUGCUGUUGUGAAACCAUUGAAAAAAUCGAUGAUGACAAAAAAGAAAUCCGUUGAUAUAAGUAACAACGAACUACAAGCAGCACCGGCAAUAUCGAUUCGAUCAGCAAAUGUAAAUGAGACUUCCGAACCAUUACUAACCGAAGUCCCUGUUGAUUCAAAUGAAUCAACUACUUCUCUUCCGCUAACACCACCGCCAGCUAAACCACCUCGCCAUGGCGAUGAAUCAGGUUCAUCCUCAUCUACUGAGAUUAGUUCACCACCUGCAAAACCGCCAAGACAUUUCUCUUUGUAUGGUGCUAGUAGUAGUAGUAAUAAUAAUAAUAAUAAUAAUAACAGUACCGACCCUACACUCAUUCAACAAACUGAUAAUGUCGUCAAGAAAGUUCUGAAUCUUGUCGAUACAUUUGGUAUUAUAUCUGAAAAUGAUACGGACAUGAAUAUUCUUCGACAAGCAUCUGCUCCGCCGAUUUAUAUUCAACAGCCGUCAAACAGUAACGAAUUGGCCGAUGAAAAACUCGCUCUUAACGAAACUGUAGAAUCAUUCACUGUCGAUCCAGCAAGAGUCACUCUAAUCACAGAUUCACCAGUGAUAACAAAAUCGAUCAGUGAACCAUUGAGUAUCACGUCAACGGCAUCAAAUGAUGUAACCGAACAGUCAUCUGAACUACCUUCAGCACCAAAUGAAAUUACAGAAUUCGCGAAACACAUGUCUGAGAAUAUUUUGCAACAAGCCGAAAAAGCAUUUGAAAAAUAUGAUCAAGCUACAAAUAAUCUCAAUUCAAGUACAAAUAACAAGCAACAAACAUUACCAAUAAAAGUUUCAGUACAAACAUCCUCAACAAGUAAAACAUCUCGUGACGAUCCACCAACAUUAUCUGAGACUAUAUCGACACCAGAUGAGUCCUCUACUUCGCCGAUAACGCGUCCGCUAACGCUCGUUUCAGUCGACUCAGGUUCGAAUACCACGAAAACCACUUCACCCUUACUCGAUAUUGUGACGACGAAAUCAACUCCGAAAAUAACAACCUCCGUGACUGUUAUUAGUCCACCACAGCCGGAACUAACAUCAUCGACAACAAAUCUGCAAUCGGACGAAGAAGAACUUUCCACGAGUACUUCAACACUAAUGCCUAACAGUGUAACAUCCGAUCGUUCAAAAACUUUACUAACCAGUAGUAAGGAGAGUAGCGUUGACUCAAAUGACAUUAGUCCGUUCGAUACACCCAUCGCGCAACAGUUGAAUACAGGUAGUGCAACACCCGCACGUUCACUACUAUCUGAUUAUGAUAAUUUACAUGGUUCAUAUGGAAGUCUCAAUGAUGAUACACAACAUCCAUUUCCUCCGGUACUUCCGUCAUCGUUAGUCGCUUCGGAAACAGCUACAUCAGUUGCACCAACAAGUGCAUCGUCUGUAUCAACAAUAUACGAAACCGCAGAUACUUCACAAGCAUCAUCGUCAACAGCCACCUACGUGACCGCUCAAGGCGCUAAUACGAACGUUACUUCGAGUAAUUCAACACUGUCUGCAGCGCAUAUAAAUUCAGAUAUAAGCGAUGAAGAUCUUGUUGAAUCAUAUGAUGUCGAAACGCCAGUAUUAACAUCAACCGAUCCAUUUCGAUCGCCCGAAGACCAUCUGGAGAGCAGUACCAGUGCUACUGAGCAAUCAGCAACUACUUCGAAUAAAGAAGUUCAAGAUGAAUCGAGAACUUCAUAA